CCAAUGGCAGAAAGUGGAACCUCGAAUCCGAGCGAACCUGCGGAGCCAGUCGCCGAGGAAUGCCAGAGGAAUGCGGCGAAUGAUCGGGAGCCGCCUCUCGCUGGAUCCGGCAGGCAACCUUCGCAAAACCUCUACCCACACGUCUCACCACAUCCCAGGUGUCGGGAUCCAGGCUUCAGCCGUUUCUUACCGCCGUCGCCCGCCGCCCAGGCUAUCAGGAAACCUGAGCUUCAGAAGCUGGCCAGCCUGCCGGAGCCCCUACAGCAAGCAGGAGGUUUAGUAUUCAGCUGCAAGCAAGGGGAAGGUGACACCAAGAUCAUGAGCACUAACAGCAAAAUUGUCCCUGAGAUUGACCUGUACCCAUCCAGUGUCGAGCCUUCUCAACCUGCAGGGAACGCUAACUUUGCACAAACAGCAAACACUACCACUCUGCUAAACACCAAUGGAGGUCUUGGCGAUGGUGAGAAUGGAAAUUCGGAGAACUCCUUGCAGCCAAGACAAGAAGGUGUGAAGCAUAAAAUUUAUAACCUGUUCGUUAAGGAUGAAAGAUUUGUGAAUGGAGUCGACCCAACCACAACAAGUGACAGCAACAAUCAGAAGAUUUUCUCUUUGCUAGACAAUCCAACAUGGAGUGGGAGUUUGGAAAACCAGAGUCCCAUGAAUUCACUCAUCUUUAUUGGGACAAUUGGGCAGGAACCUUCCCAGCAGCCUGGCAAAGACCCUCGACAUGAUGGAAGUGAUGCUUGGAAGUAUGUGAAUUCUUCUGGAUCUGCUCAGCAGAUAGGCACUUUGCACCAACAAAGCCCUGACCGGAAUGGUCGUAUUGCUGAAACUGUUCCUUCGCUGAACACUGUGGAAAGUGGAUCUCAAAAGGUAAAAUUGGAUUCUGUACCGUACAGCUCUCUUGUCAGUCUCCAAGAGGGACUGCUACAAAAUACUGUAAACUUCCCCAAAGAGUCUAUGAAAAUGCAAACUGCUGAAACCCUGAUGCUCACUUCUCAAAGUACGCUGCUGCAAAAACCUACGGAUAAUUCAGAAAAAUUAAAGAUUGAAAGCUCCUCAAUGGUGAAUCCAGGGCCUCAACGAGAAGCCCUCAAAUUCUCAUAUGAGAGUACAGGAUUAGGAGGAAAUAGAGUUCAACACCUUCAUCUACCUGGAAGCCCCUUGAAUCAGCUAUCACCCGAUGAUGCCGUCUUUCAAAGUAACAUGAAGAAUAGUCUCACAAAUGCCCUGGAUGACUCUGAAAGUCAGUCAGAAAUCGAUGGCUUUGUCGAUACUAUUCGUAAGUUGGAUGUUCCCGUACUCUUGAGUCGUAAUAAAAAUGCAAGGAACCAGAGACCUCAUUCCCUCACUUCUCCGUUUUCCACACUGCCUCCCAUUGAAGAGGAUCAAACUAAUCCACUACUUUCUCCAUCUUCAUCAAUCACCGAGGAGCCACCAGAAACACCAGAGGCAGCCGAGCCUGUGGCAGUUGAUGGAAAACUUUUGGCAAGCUCGCCCAUCCAACCUGUUUUGGAACCUCCAAAAAAAAAUUUCUCAAAGAUAUUGACAGACAAUGCAAGUCUCACUCCUGGGCAGAUGAUGAAGAUGCAGCUUGAGGAGAAGUUGGAAAUUGGACCCCAACGUGCUUCUGUUCAGAACAGCAUUGUCUUCCAAUCUUCUUUUUCUGGGAGAACCAAUUUAGAUGACACUGCAAGUUCAGAAGGCACUGAAGCCCUCAUUGGAGACAGCAUUCGAUCUAGGAUUAGCAACAGUUUCUUGUAUACCUUAUAUCACAAUCCUACAGAAUCUUUCUCUAGCAGGUCACUUGAUCUCUCAACAACUAAAAAGCAAAUCAGUGCAGCGCCAGCAACGUUACAAAAUAGACUGCAGAGAAGCCUGUCACAAGAGAAUGUUCCCACAACAACAGAAGCUUUGGAUAAACUAUCAACACUAACUUCAUUUGCCCCAUCAUCCAAUGAGAGUUUGGGCACUAGAAGGACUAACCUUCCAUUCAGCAUCCCUGAGAAACCGAUACCUGGAUUCACUUGUCGGUCAGAUAGUGGACAGGAUCUUCGGAAGAAUAGGAUUUCUCUUCCUUCUAAAAAGAAACCCAAAAAACUGACAGCUUUUCCAGAUGGAUGGAAUUUAAAACCAAAAGAACAGGGGAAAAUUAUCCCACGGCCUGGCAAGAUGAUCAUAUUCGACAAGCCGAACUUGUCUGGUUUCAAGAGAGAAAUUAGCUGUGACGUCACCGAUUGUAUGUCCUGGCCGUUUCCAGCUGUCAUUUCCAUAAAGGUUAUUCGAGGAUGCUGGGUGAUAUAUGAGAAGCCAGAAUAUAAAGGAAAGAAGAUCUUCCUCACAGAGGAAGAGGUAGAAUUGGCAGACCCGUGGGCAGAGGAAAAGGAAGAAGAUCAAGAUUCCAAACCACCACCUACCAAACCCAUAGUCAUCGGUUCCCUUCGGAGAGCCGUCAGGGACUACACCAUACCGCAAAUAUCCUUGUUCCCAGAUUCCAAUGGAGAGGGGAAGAAGCUGUCAUUUAACAGUGCAUCUGAGGAUAUCCGAAUAUUUGGCUAUCCACCAAAAACCACGUCCAUCAUCGUGAACUCUGGAUUGUGGCUGGUUUACUCUGAACCUUUCUUUGAAGGGCAGCUGUGUGCCUUGGAAGUAGGUGGCUAUCGCACACUGCAGGAAUGGGGAGCGGAGAGAGCACAAGUGGGGUCACUGCUACCCCUACAAAUGAGUGGACCCAGAGUGGAGAGGCCAUACGAACCAAAGCUCUCCAUCUUUGAGAAGGCUUAUUACGUGGGAAGAAACAGAGACGUGCGUGGAGAUUCCUCAGACUUCCUUUCCCGUUACCCCAGCAAUGGGGCACCCCUCUCCAAUGCAGGCUCUAUCAAAGUGCAUGGAGGAAUUUGGGUUGGCUACUCGAAGGAAGGGUUCAGAGGUCACCAGUAUCUGUUGGAGGAAGGCGAGUACCCGGACUGGAUGUCAUGGGGUGGCUACAAUGAGGAUUUAAAGUCCUUGCGUGUCAUCCGGGCGGACUUUUCCAAACCGAUGAUCACUUUGUACCCAGAAAAUAAUUGUGAGGGAGAGUAUUCAACUACUGCGGUUGAUUCAGUGGCAGACAUGGAAGCAACCGAUUCUGGGGAUAUUAUACAGUCCAUCAAUGUACUGAGUGGCGUCUGGGUAGCCUAUGAGGGCGCCAACUAUUCUGGAGCUCAAUACAUCGUAGAGAAGGGUAUUUACCGGAAUCCUCAAGAGUGGGGUGCCCAGAGCUGUCAGAUUGGCUCAUUGCAACCUAUCUUACAGGUGGAGUCAAGUGGUCAGCAGUUCAGACUGAAGAUCCAGAUCUUCUCAGAGUACGACUUCAAUGGACGCUGCUUAGAAAUUGAAGAAAACAAGAUGGGGAUUCCAAAAGAGUUUAAGCUUCAGUCCUGCAGGGUCCUAAGUGGCAGCUGGGCUCUGUAUGAAGGCCAGGACUACAACGGAAGGGUUUUUGUGGUUAGUGAAGGAGAGUACCCAGACCUCCAAUCCAUGGGCUGCAGGAUGACCACGCACAUCCGGUGUGUCAAAACCAUCCCCCAUAUUUUCUCCGAGCCUUUAAUCACUUUGCAUGGUUUGGAGAACUUUGAAGGAAAGGAGAUUGAAUUGGAAUCGGAGGUGAAGAAUCUGACCUCCGAUGGUUACAACAAUCAGGUUCUGUCUCUUCAUGUUCAUGGUGGAAUCUGGGUUAUUUUCGAGUACAGCAACUUCCGAGGUCGGCAGGUUCUCCUGGAACCCAUUGAGAUUUCAAACUGGCCCAAGUACAGCAGCUUCACCAGGAUUGGAUCAUUAAUGCCCAUCAUUCAGAAACAAAGAUAUUUCACUGUCAAGAACCAGGAGAACGGUGGUCUGCUGUCGAUACUUCCAUGUGAGGAAGAUAUAAAAUCAGGGCGGGUUAUUAUUGCACCUGAGAGUAAGGAUCUGGAGCAGCUCUGGUUCUAUGAGAAAGGGAUGCUGAAGCCCAAGUUUGCCCCAGACAUGAGUCUUCAGACCAUUGGCACCGUGGGUGACACUGGAAGCAAGGUGGUGAUCUGGUCGGACACACGGGUACCGAAGCAUUGCUGGACAUUUGAAUUCAGUGGCACCAUCCGAAGCCUCCUGUAUGAAGGAUUUGUGCUCAGUAUCAAAGGUGGGAAAUCUUAUGACCAGGACUCUGGAAUGAUCUGUAAACAUGACGAUCAGAACCCAAUUCAACAAUGGGAGAUUCAGAUGCUGUAACAAAACCAAUUCCCUAAGACUAAAGUACUCGGCAUCUGGUGCAAGAGUUAACUUUCUCUCUAACCAUCCUCUCUGCUACCCUCUCCCUGACCCCUGCAGUGCCUCACAAGAGUGUGGUCGGUAGUUGAGGGGGACGUGAGGGAUAGGAAGAGGAUGAACCCCCAUUCACUUGCAGAGUCAUCCAUUAGAAAAUGGAGUGGCACAGUGUUGUCAGGAUGCCAGUGACCUGGGUUCUAUCCUGCUGCUCCCUGUAAGGUGAUUGUACUUUCUUCCGUGAUGUUGUGAGGUUUCUCCAGGUGCUGCAGUUUCCUCCCACAUUCCAAAGAUGUACAGAUUCAAUUAUUAUCAAAGUAGGUAUGCAGUAUACAACCCUGAGAUUUGUCUUCCCCACAGACAGCCACGAAACAAAGAAAACCAUUGAAGCCAUUCAAAGAAAAACAUCAACCUCCCCACGUGCAAAAAAAAGCGCAAACGGCAAGAACAUCAAAACCCCCUCCACGCGCAAAAAGCAAAUUGUGCAAACGGUAACAAGAACAUCGACCUUCCCCCAUGAAAAAAAAACAAACAAAUCAUGCAAACAGCACCACAAAAACAC